AUGGCCGGCGAGGCAGAUGAUGGCGAAGCAUUGGCUGGCUUGGUCGCCGAGAACGAGGACCUCGAGUUCAAAGAGGACGGCAGCGGGAAGGUUGUCGUCAAGUCAACUGGUCAUGAGAUGCCUCCUCGACUUGUUGUCAAGACCUACUUGAGCGGCGCGAAGCAUACCGCUUUUCAGCAAUUUUUGUGUGAUGUUUUGUCGCGACACGGCACGUCGCCGCAGCGUAUCGGAAUGGGUAUGAACUUGGAAGAAGUGGACGUGCAUGGGCAGAUACCUCCGUUCUGGGCCGCUACGAAGGGCAAGGUUGCCGAGAAUGAGUUCCGGUUGUCUGGCCUCGAAGUGAAUUUUCGAAAUCACAACAACAAACAGACAGCCCUGGUCCUGGCCAUCGACAAAAGAAUCCCCAACGAUAUUGUUUCUGCCGGGAGGCCCGUGAGUGGUAUGGCUACGACUUCAGCAAGUUUGAGCCUUACAUCAUUCCGCGCGGGCCUCAGUUUUUUCCUUCUUAGCUUCCGGCAGGGUUCCAAACGAGGGCCUAGGGUUUUGCGCUUCUUUCCGUGCUAG